GGGCUUCCAAUGACUUUAUAAAAAGCAGAAGGCUUAGGCUUAGUUCUUCCAGUCAGUACUUUACCAAAUCAGAAAACAGAGUUGGUGUGACUUGUGGAAAGGAAAAGAAACAUAAAUCAACAUGGCUAUGGUGCAAGAAUUUCUGAAACAGUCCUUUUUCAUUGAUAACAAUGAACAACAAUACAUGAAAAAUUCUAAAACUGGGUCAGCUGUCCACGCUUAUCCUAGUUUCAAUCCUUCAGCUGAUGCUGCCGCACUGGACCAAGCCAUAAGAGCCAAAGGUGUUGAUGAAGCAACCAUCAUUGAUAUUUGUACCAAAAGAAACAAUGCCCAACGGCAGCAGAUCAAAGCUGCCUAUCAGCAAUUAAAGGGAAAGCCCCUGGAAGAUGAUUUGAAGAAAGCACUGAAAAGCCACCUAGAGGAUGUUAUCUUGGCUCUUCUGAAGACCCCAGCCCAGUUUGAUGCUGAAGAACUCAGGUGGUCCAUGAAGGGUCUUGGAACUGAUGAAGAUACCUUAGUUGAGAUUUUGGCAUCCAGGAACAACAGAGAAAUCAGAGAAAUUUCCAGAGCAUACCAGGAAGUUUUUAAGAGAGAUCUGGCCAAAGACAUUGCAUCAGAUACAUCGGGAGACUUCCAGAAGGCUUGUCUUGCCUUAGCAAAGGGUGACCGUGAUGAAAAUCCUCAUGUGAAUCAAGAACUGGCAGAUAAUGAUGCACGGGCCUUGUAUGAGGCUGGGGAAAGAAGAAAAGGAACAGAUAUUGGCUGCUUUAUCAACAUCCUCACUUCAAGAAGUCCCAACCAUCUCCGCAGUGUUUUCCAGAAAUACGCCAAAUAUAGCAAGCACGACAUGAAUAAGGUUCUGGACCUGGAACUGAAAGGAGACAUUGAAAACUGCCUGACUGCAAUUGUGAAAUGUGCCACAAGCAAGCCUGCUUUCUUUGCUGAAAAGCUCCAUUUGGCCAUGAAGGGUUCUGGAACACGCCACAGAAUUCUGAAUAGGAUCAUGGUUUCACGUUCUGAAAUUGACAUGAAUGAGAUCAAAGGUUUUUAUAAGGCAAUGUAUGGGAAAACUCUUGCCCAGGCUAUAUUGGAUGAAACAAAAGGUGACUAUGAAGCCAUCCUGGUGGCUUUGUGUGGUGGUGACAACUGAGUCUCAAGUACAUCAGAUGCAUCGAACCACUCUGUUGAAGAUAUUAUUCUUUUAAAGCUCAAGCUGUUACAUAUAUGUAUGAUAAUGUCUCUAAGCAGAGAGUAAUCUCUGAGAUAGAUUAGUGCCUAAUUUUCAUAUUUUGUAAAACUGUAGUCUACCUUUAAAAAUCUGUUAAUGACUUCUCUGGUAUUAUCCACUUUUUCAUACAUUAUUAUUCAAAGUCAAAGAGCAUAUUAAGAAUGGCUGUAUUUGCUUUUAUAAGGUUAGCCAAUAUUAAAGGUACAGAACUUGCCUAAGCAUGUCAAAGUAACAUUCCAAAUAAAGUUAGGUUUGUCAUCUCUA